CCGUACAGGUGUAAGUUGGAAAUGUUCCUCCUGCAAAACAAGAAUAGCUGCUCAGCGCCGUUACUCGGGCUGCUGCCUCUGCUCCGGUAUGGCCCGCGGCUGUGUGGGAAACUGUGCGACGCUAUUCGUCCUCGCUCUGGUCUUUGACGCCGCUGGGCUCAUUGUUCUUCUGGUCGGGAUUUUCGGCAACCUGAACCUGGACGGUCGCUUCUAUGGGGAUUUCCUCAUCUACACGGGCUCGGUCAUUAUUUUCCUGAGCCUGAUGUGGUGGGUGCUCUGGUACACGGGGAACGUGCAGAUGUACACGGAGGAAAAGGCGAGCUCCAUAGACAUCAACUUUACGCACUGGGCCAGGAAGCUGUCCGAGAGGCUUUCCAAAGGCGGCGCGAAGCCUCUGGAGGUAGAAGAGGAGAAGAAGAAGAAGAUGGGGAACGGGAAGGAGAACAACGGCUCUGUGCGAGUCUGUGUGCCCUCGCGGAUUCCGUGGGAAGGCGGCAGCAGCGGCGGAGCCUUGUCCUGGCACGACAACAGGGGGUUUGAUGGAUGGCCCGAGUGCGCUCCUCCAGCCGACAAAAACGUGGAGUUGGGGGUGUUGACGAGCUCAGACGUGGCUCUGCAGGCGGUGGUUGAUAAGGCAGAGAGGCUCCUCUGACAGGAGAUGGUGCUGUCUGGCUUUCCAGGUGUCUUUGAAGGACAGACUCUCUUUGAUGAUUUUUCAAGAACUCCAAAAGACUGAAAACCUUGAAGUUGUGAACUAAAGUCACUUUUUUUUUUUUUUUUUUAAAUAAGGAAGACAGUUUCUUGAUCAGGGAAAAGCCUAGCAUCCACAGUAGGAAGAAGGGCUGUGCACAGAAGAAGAAAGGGUCUUUAACAUGUACAUAGUACAUUUCUAUUUUUAUGUGCUGAUUUUGUGGCAGAUGUAAAUUAUUUUUCUUGGGAAUAAAGUUCAAAUAGAUGUA